AUGUCUUCUGAUUACAGUGAUUAUUCAGAUUAUAUUCAUAAUAACAAUGAUGAUCAUUUUCAAGCGGUAUAUCAAAGUUAUUCAUCUGCAUUUUUAACUGAUCGUGAUCGAAGAAAUGUCGAAUAUGGUGGUAAAAUUUUACUUCCACAAACAGCACUUGAACAAUUAGCCGAACAAACGAAUAUUAUGUUGUUUAAAUUAACAAAUUCUAAACAUAAUCGUUCAACUCAUUGUGGUGUUUUAGAAUUUUUAGCAGAUGAUGAACCUCAUUGUUAUUUACCAUAUUGGAUGAUGAAUUAUUUAUCAUUAAAUGAAGGUGAUGAAAUACAUAUUGAAUCUGUUCAUUCAUUACCAGUUGGAACAUUUGUACGUUUUCAACCUCAAUCAAAAGAUUUUCUUGAUAUAAGUAAUCCAAGAGCUGUUUUAGAACAUGUUUUAAGAAAUUUUAGUUGUUUAACAAAAGGUGAUCUUAUAUCAAUAAAUUAUCUUAAUCGUAAUUAUGAAUUAUCUAUAUUGGAAUUAAAACCUUCAAAUGCUGUAUCAAUAAUUGAAUGUGAUAUUGAAGUUGAUUUUGCACCAUCAAUUGAUUCUAUUGAUGAAAAAUCAAUAUCAACAUCUAUAAAUAAUGAACAAUAUUAUAAAAAUUCAUCAAUAUUUAUGCCAUUUUCUGGUCAAGGAAUUCGUUUAAAUGGUAAAGUAAAAUCAGAUGAUAAAGAACAACAAAAUAAUAAAGAAAUUUUACAAAAACGUGGAAUACCUAAUUAUGAUUAUAAAUAUGGUUUAUUACAAUUUCCACGUAUACCAUUAUGUUCUAUAAAUAAUGAUAUAAAUGAUGUAUUAGAAAAAAAUCCAUCUAAUACAUUUCAACCAUUUACAGGUGAAGGAAAAACUCUUAGACAAUAUCGAAAUUAA